AUGCCCAUUUGGCUAAACAGCGAGGGCUCAAAGCAGACCUUCUACAGCAAAAUACAACAGAAUGUGAAUCGGUCCGAGACAUUGGUGGUGGUGCAGCACGACUCACUGACGAGAACGGCCAGAGCUCAGAAAUUCACAGGGCUGUUCUGGAUGGACUAUCUGUCGGGCGGAAAUGGUUUCUCACUAAAAGCUUCUGGUACAACGAGUUUCCAGCGUAUGAGACUUUAUGAGGACUUGAGUGAGGUAGAACCUGCUUUGCAAUAUGUCGCUAUGGCAUUGAGCACGGCCACUCUCGGGGCGAAUAACAACGAUAUGCAGCUUACGCGGAAGAGUCAACAGGCGUAUGGCUUGGCGCUGCAGCAGAUGGCUAUCUCGUUGGAGUCCAGACAGGACAAGGAUGGGAUGUUGGCUGCUAUUCAACUCAUGCGCGUCUACGAGCAACUCUUUGGUACGAGUUCGGACGCGCAAUGGACAGCCCAGGGGUUUAAGAAACACAUUGAUGGUGAAACAGCACUCAUUUUGAGCCGUGGACCCGAUGAUGCUUGGUCUUCAAUGGGACGCCAGCUGUUGGCAGAUGGACGUCUCGCUUUAACCAAUGCUUAUACCUCCCGGAGGAAAAGGUCACCUUUUAGUCGGAAACAAUGGAAAGAAUCGCCAUUAUGGCGUUCAGUGACAGAUUCGCCACUCAACAGACUUGUUGAUAUCUUGGUAGAAGUUCCAGGUCUUCUAGAAGAUUUAGAUAUACUCCGUCAAGCCUCGAACCAGACACAAGCAGAAUACUUACAUGACGCGCUCAUGGACAAGUGUCGCACAUGCGAGAUGGCCCUUUCAUCCUGGAAAACGGAAGUAGGCCCCAUCCUAAAAACAUACGACUACACAAUCGUUGGCGAAACCCUACCUAGCCCCCGCAACGACGACGACCUCGCAAUAAUCUACCUAAGUUGCUACUACUGGAUGACAUGUCUUCUAGUCUUCUCAACACAAGGCUUCACCGAACUCGAAACCUCCCCAGACUUCACCCUAAUGUCCUGCCCAUCCCAGAUCCUCGCAAGAUCGUACGCCUACCGCAUAGCUCACGCCAUGCAUCUCCUCUUCCAACCACCGGCAGGCGACUAUACCGCCGUAGCAGUCUUCUUCCCCCUCGGAAACGCAAUUCGAUAUCUUAUUAUGGCGGAGACAUUCGAUGGUCAGAGGAUUAUGAGUAAGGAAAGGUUGCUUCUCACAAAGAUCUUUUCGAGGCCGUUCUUGGGGAGCUUUGUGGGUAGGUUUCUGAAGAACUUGCAGGCGGAUGAUGGGGUGGACUAUGGGUAUUCGGACGAGAGGUUAUUCGGUAUGGAAGGUGUUGAGUUUCGGGCGAGGGUUUGGUGGUGUGGGAUGGGGAGGGCUGGAGUGCCGGAUGUGGCUCCUGAAGGGGCAUGUCCUUGA